AUGCCCUUUGGAGAAGCUCUACAGCAGAUGCCGCUCUAUGCUAAAUUUCUAAAAGACAUGCUAACUAGGAAGAAUAAGUACAUCCAUAGUGACAGCAUAGUUGUGGAGGGAAACUGCAGCGCCGUAAUUCAACAUAUCCUUCCACCAAAACAUAAAGAUUCAGGCUGCGUCACUAUACCUUGUUCUAUAGGUGAAGUUUCUGUUGGCAAAGCUCUUAUUAAUUUGGGAGCCAGUAUUAAUUUGAUGUCGCUUUCCAUGUGCCGGAGACUUGGAGAGUUGGAGAUAAUGCCUACUAGGAUGACUUUACAGUUAGCAGAUCGCUCCAUCACCAGACCUUAUGGAGUGAUUGAGGAUGUUCUGGUUCGAGUCAAGCAUCUUAUCUUUCCUGCUGACUUCAUUGUAAUGGACAUUGAGGAAGAUGCAGAUAUUCCCUUAAUUUUGGGACGUCCAUUUAUGUCUAUUGAAAGCUGUGUAGUGGACAUGGGGAAGAAAAAGUUAGAAAUAGUGCCUGCAUCUACUUCCUUUUCACAACUACUUUCAGCAAUCCAAAUGACUUCCCGAAAGAGAAAAGCACCAGCUUCAGUGUCCCAAGCUAGGUAUGAUAGAUCAAGAUUUGUAUCCCAAGAUGCCUGGGACCGCUACGCAGACAAUGUCCUUGGUCGGAAGAUCCUUCUGGAAAGGAAUGUGAAGUUGUACAUUACAGAAUUUGAUGAAUUCAGGAGAUAA